AUGAUGGAGGUCAUAAACUCUCUGGAGCCCGGGUCGAAGGACUUCAGUGGGGCCGGAGCCAAUCAGGACUCAACCCCCCCAGACACCCUUGGAAGGUACCCCAAGCUGUCCAGGAGGCUUCCCUCCAUCGUGGUGGAGCCGAUGGACGGAGACGACGUGGAGAGCGGAGAACUCCGCUGGCCCCCGGAGCCGGACGCUCAGAUCGAGAGGCCGAGAGCGGAGGACCGGCCUGCAGAUGAGGACCAGUUGAGCGUCGCUGUGGACGAAGAGGCUUCAGAUCCGGAGACCCAGGACUGAAUGGACUGCCGUCCUGUGGUCCACUAAGAGCGAGUACAGACCCUGAGGGACCAGGAGUCCAGUAGAGGGGCUCUAAAGACCCCAGGGACUAG